AUGGACCUACAACCGACGUCUAAGAACAUGCACAACCGCAUAAACACCGACAUCUCGCAAUUACUACAGCGGUUCGAGAAUAUCAUGGCUACUGCUACGGUCGAAAGCACAAGCCACACCACAACUGCCGUCGAGACAUAUCAGCUAGAUGUCGAGUCUACGGCACUGAUCCGCGCCGCGGAAGACAUCCUCUCACUCACCCGUACAAUGAAGGAGACUUGGCUAUUUGGCAAGCUUGACACACUGGGCGAAGACGAAUCCGAGACCAAACGCCGCGAGGGAUUGGAGCAGGAUGCCGCUGUCAUUCAGAAGAUCAUUGAGGAUGCGGGAAUAUUAAAGGCGCCCAAGAAAUGA